AUGGCUACAACAGAGCCUAUCGCCAAAAACACCUCACCAUUCCUUUCUAUUUUUCAUCGGAAAAAGCGGGUUAAUGGUGCAAAAUCAAGUGACGACAUCAAAGCGGCCGCUGGACCACCCAGGGAGCAGUUAAAUAGCAUCGUAUCGAUAGCGUGUAGUGCCGAAGUGCCGAAGCCCGAUGAGCAUGACAACGGAAGUGCCAUUGGACGGCCUCAUUUCGGAGCUGGACGUAUCCGAAAAUUGAACUGGGAAUAUCUUUUGAACAAAGCCAACUCCAUAUACAAAAUGUCCUGGGGUCUUUAG